GAACACUCGAAUCUUGUAGGUCACGAUGAUCAACUCGGUCCAGUAUUGCUCUCGAUCAAGUCGGAGAAUGUAGCAAAUCAAGAUCACAUUCGAAUAUUACUCCGACUAAGAACCGGAACCAUGCACGAAAUCAUUCCAGCUUCGUGUUUAGGAUCAAACCCGUCUCCGAUCAAGAUGGCACGACUUCUAAAUGAACAGAUCAACGUAGAUAGUUUCAUGCCUGUGCUGUGUCCGAAAGCGUCCACGUUAAUCGCGAGUUACGAUGAACACGUGUUAGUAACGAACUUUAAAUUUGGCGUUUUAUAUCAACGGUACGGGCAGACCACGGAGGAAGAACUCUUCUGCAACAGCGACACGACUCCAGCACUCGAAGAGUUCCUCGACCUACUGGGACAACGAAUACGACUUCGUGAUCACAAAGGUUACAGAGGUGGUCUGGAUAUUCAGAACGGUCACACCGGUGACACCGCUGUAUACGAAAUAUUCAAAGAACGGGAAAUUAUGUUCCAUGUGUCUACGCUUCUACCGUACACCGAAGGCGAUCCCCAACAAUUACAACGGAAGCGCCACAUCGGUAACGAUAUCGUGGCAAUCGUAUUCCAGGAGGAAAACACUCCUUUCUCCCCAGCGAUGAUUGCAAGUCAUUUCCUGCACGCGUUCAUCGUUAUCCAGCCUGUGGAUCCAAACACACCAAAUUGCCGGUAUAAGAUUUCAGUAACUGCUCGGGAUGAUGUGCCGUUCUUUGGCCCAACCCUCCCCCAACCAUCAGUAUUUAAGAAGGGACCAGAGCUGAAAGAAUUUCUCCUCACCAAGCUGAUCAACGCAGAAAAGGCUUGCUACAAAGCGGACAAAUUUGCUCAGUUAGAGCUGCGUACGAGAACGUCAUUACUUCAGAAUUUAGUAGAUGAACUGAAGGAGAAAACGCGAGAAUUUUUAGGAGCUGAUUUGCUAGGAGCUCCUUCUUCUCCUACUCCGGAAACGCCCAAAUCCGAAGGUGGCUUUACCGGUUCGCGAUUUAUCGACACAGUAAAGAAAGCUCUAAACGCUCGUCUUCGCUCACAAAAUUCUGAUCCCACGAACGGAAGCGUCGAAUCCAAUCCAAAGCAUCAGAAUUCCAUCAAGAAAUCGAAGGAGAUCUCCGACGUGCCCUGUGGACCGGGACAAGUAGUUAAUAUCGGUCGAUCACUUUCGAAAAGUAGCACGACGGGCUCGCGGAAGUCUCCCAACGAUUCAGUAGCCUCCUCACCGGACAUCACAUCCCGCUGUUCGAUCAAUCCGAACAACAUGAACAACAAUAAUAACAACACAACCAACAACAACCAUCACGGUGGUAAUGGUGCCCAUAGUGCUAAAGGACUUUCCGAUGGCGUUAGCAAUAAUAACAACAACAAUAUUAACGGUCCAGUGGCAAUGUCCGAAACUAGUGAUGACUCCAUCUUGAACAGUGUUGAUCUGGAUCCGAUGGUUUUCCCAAAUGUAGAUGCCGGAGCGACGUACAUUGACAGUGACACCGGGCUGGAAUCGAUGUCCUCGGCUGAUGCUACAACCAAAGCCUGUUCGCUCUGCUUGGACGGGGACCGGGUGGAGCGAUCAACGAACGGAGGUGGCAGCGUGAUCAGCGUCAGCGUCGGAACUGGAAGCACUGGGUGUGAUAGCACGCGUGAUCUGCGGUGCAGUACCGGAAGUGCCGGUACGAAUGUGAGUAGUUGUGGUGGUGGUGGCGGCGGUGGCAAUACCGUUAGUGGUGCAGGCACUGGGACACUCCUGAUAACGCCGGAUGUUAUGCAGCAAAUGGACGGGUUUAAGCAAGAAAUUACCCGACUAAAGUGUGAUAAACUGGAUCUCCUGAGGCAGAAUGUGACCUGCCAGCGUGACAUCAAACGGCUACGGGAGCGUGAACUUUCUCUGCAAGGCGACCUGGCCGCUGCCGGCAAAGAAAUUCUACGACUACGUGACCUCCUGAAGGAGUACAUGCCAGCGGCCGCAACCGAACCCUUUAAGUAAAGAAACCGAAGCACUGAUAAACUCGAGUGGAAAACCAAAAUCAGAGAGAAAUCAUCAUCCGAAUCACCCACCACCAUUUUCGUUAUUUCGUUAUAUAUAUGCCAUUCUAUAUGAAAA